CCGCUGUUUUGACCACGUCACACCGAAGAUGGCCGCCUGUGCCGGGAGUAGAGAUGGUCAGGACAGCAUCCUGGAGCCCCUGUGUUUCCCGGAGCAGCGUGCCGACGCCCCCAGCAGCGCCCCCGGCGCCGAGCCGCCGCUGCUGUGUCCCUUCUGCCCCGAGUCGGUCCCUCUGCAGCACAAAGACGUCCUGCUCAAACACCUGCUGCUGGGGCACAAGCUGGUCAUCGCCGACGUCAAACUCAUCGCCGACCUGCCAAAGUACAUGUUGUACUGGAAGGGCCGAUUCUUGGAGCAACCGCUCACAGAUUUCUGCAGCGUGAUCAAGACGAACUCCACCGGUCCUGUCGAGAAGCAGGAGGACUACUUCCUGCUGUGCGAUGUCCUUCCAGAGGACCGAGACCUCCGAGAGAAGCUCCAGCAGAAACGACUGGAGGAGGUGCUGGAGCAGCAGCAGCAGGAGAGAGACGACAGCAGCUUCCAUCGCCUCUGCAUGUUCUGCAGCGAAGAGUUCACUGGGAACAGGGCGUCUCUGCUGAACCACAUGGCCCGAGAACAUUCCUUCGGCAUCGGGCUGCCGGACAACAUCGUCUACUGUGACCAGUUCCUGGACACGCUGCAGAGCAAACUGGACAAUCUGCAGUGUUUGUACUGUGAGAAAACCUUCCGGGAUAAAACCACGCUGAAGGAUCACAUGAGGAAGAAAGCUCACCGCCGCAUCAACGCCAACAACAGCACGUACGACCGCUUCUACGUCAUCAACUACCUGGAGCUGGGCAAGACGUGGGAGGAAGUGCAGAGCGAGGACGACCGAGAGCUGCUGGACGAUGAAGAUGAUGAUUGGUCGGACUGGCAGGCUCAUCCGGUCUCCGCUGUGUGUCUGUUCUGUGAUCACCAGUCAGAGACCAUGGACCAGAUCUACACACACAUGAAGGAAGAGCACGGCUUUGAUCUCCAUUAUCUGAGGACGGAGCUCAACCUGCGGUUCUACCAGCAGGUCAAACUGGUGAACUUCAUCCGGCGCCAGAUCCACCAGAGCCGUUGCUACGGCUGCCAGCAGACGUUCCCGUCCCGAGACGGCGUCCUGCGCCACAUCGUGUCCGAAGGCCACGCCAUGAAGCUGCCGGACGCGUCCACCUGGAACCAACCGCAGUAUUACUUCCCCACGUACGAGAACGACGGCCUGCUGUGCACGCUGUCCGACAGCGACGACGAAGACGAUGAAAGCGGCGAGCGGCGCCGCGGCGAGGACGUCCCGGUCAUCGCGGAGGACAUCUCCGACCUCCGAGCGCUGAAGCAGAGCAGCGUGCUGAAGCAGCUGCUGAAGAACAGAGGCUCCUGCAGCUAGACGGCCCGACAGGCACGCUCCCACAAUCCUUCAGGGGCUCAACGCAACGUUUGUGUUUUCACUUGUCCAGUCGGACAGGUGCAGCGCUGUAGUCUACGUGAUAGGCAGGUAUACCCUGCAGCAUACCCACUAAGAAAGCUCCAGGAUUUCCAUAUGCACACUUAAAAAUGCCCCAAUGACACGCAACAACAUACUUUCCAUUAUAUUUUUGAUAUAUGUUGAAU